UCCAACUACAAAUGUCCAACGCACUUCAGACAUUUUACUCAAAAGACCUUCCCGAUUUCCACCCAAACUCUUUCAUUUUGCUGUUGCCUCAACAAAAUGAACAAACCCGGCAAACAAAAGCGUGCUCGAAUUCCACCUCCAGAAAAUGGCGGAGAAAAAAGCAGGCAAUUUAAAGGAGUUCGGAUGAGGAAAGGGGGGAAAUGGGUGUCGGAAGUGAGAAUGCCCAAUUCCCGAGCUAAAAUUUGGCUUGGCUCUUACGACACCGCUGAACAGGCUGCCCGUGCUUUCGACGCCGCCGUUUUCUGUCUUCGAGGACCUCAUGCCAAUCUCAAUUUUCCCGACACCGUACCCGCCGUUCCGUCUACUGCGUCACUUUCCCGGCAGCAGAUUCAGGUCGCCGCUGCUAAUUACGCCCGCGAUCAAAUUCCCACCGCCGCCGAAAAUAAUUGCAGGGUCUUGGCGGAGAAUUCCUUGUCACUGACGCCAAUUUCUUCCGGUCAGUUGCCGAAUUUGGACAAAUUUCUGUCGCUUGACACAGAUACCGUAAACUAACGUCAUCAACAGGGGAGCAAUAUGGACCCACCGGAAUUGUGGAGUUUCUGAGCUGAAUUGGAUAAUAUUUUACCAUAUAUAGAAUGGUAAAUAAAAUAUUUUAGAGUGAAAAGUUCAAAACAAAAAAAAACAGUAUUAAGCUACUACUAUGGAUUA